AUGGCCGAGUUCGUAGAGUCAACGCCAGAGGUGGAUUCUGCCUCCGAUCCAAUUACAAAAGUCACCAAACCUCCACUCGAUUCAAGAAUUGGCAAAGAUUCUCCGUUCGUUUUUGGACAAAGAUACCUCGAGAAUGAAGAUGACGUUUUUAAUCAUAAUGCAUGGGACCACGUCGAAUGGGGUGAAGAACAGAUUAAACAAGCACAAGAAAUGAUUUCCAAGCAGUACGACCAUCCAGUUAAAGAAUUCGAAAAGACUUUGUAUAAUUCUAAUCCUGCAAAGUACUGGGAUAUUUUCUACAAGCAUAAUCGGGAAAACUUCUUUAAGGAUCGUAAAUGGUUACAGAUUGAAUUUCCAUCGUUGUAUAAGGUCACUGCUAAAAAUUAUCAAAAACCGACAACGAUUUUGGAGAUUGGCUGCGGGGCAGGGAACACAUUUUAUCCUAUCUUGAACCAGAAUGAAAAUGAGAAUUUACAAAUCUAUGGUUGUGAUUAUUCGAAAGUUGCUGUAGACUUGGUACGAUCCAAUGAAACCUUUGCAGAGCAAAACAAAAAGGGCAUUGCUUUUAGUUCAGUUUGGGAUUUGGCCAACUCUGAAGGAAACUUGCCAGAAGGAAUGGAGCCCAACUCUGCCGAUAUUGUCAUUAUGAUUUUUGUGUUUUCGGCAUUACAUCCAGAUCAGUGGAAGCAAGCUAUCGCAAACUUGGCAAAAGUCCUCAAACCUGGCGGAGAAAUACUAUUCAGAGACUACGGAAGGUAUGAUCUAGCACAAGUGCGUUUCAAAAAGGGCAGAUUGUUGGAUGAUAAUUUCUAUAUACGAGGUGAUGGAACAAGAGUGUACUUUUUCACUGAAGAGGAAUUGGAGGAGAUUUUCUGUAAACAGGGUCCUUUUGAAAAAGUGAAAAUUGCCACUGAUAGAAGGUUGUUGGUAAAUCGGAAAAAGCAAUUGAAGAUGUAUCGAAAUUGGUUGCAAGGUGUGUUUAAAGGAUAA